AUGAAAUACUGCACGCUCUGUGGAAUACCUUUCACCAGGCGUCUUAAUGAGGACUGGAUUGAAAAUGUCCGGGCAGUUUGGAUUGAAGGCGACAGCUGGAAUCGCACGGCCGUUUCUGGCGUUGGGCGAUGGGGAGAAUUCGAUGAUAUCCCUUCGGUAACUGUCCCAACAAACCCCCAAAUUCGCCACAAUGGCCAGUCUGGGCCGGGAAAUACCAUAGAGGUGGACUUAACGCCUGACGACCCAACAUUGUGCACGGAUCCCGAUGGUGGUAUAGCUUGGGGCUAUGGCUUCCAUGAAUCGUGCUGGUCCAUAUUCACCAAAAAUUACACACCAAAUCUUGACGCUCUUUUUGCAGCCUGUCUUUCUACGCCAACUGGCGCGACGACCCUGCUUGACUGGGGCCAUGAUUACGGUGGCGCUUCUAAGAUUGAACAAAUGUUCGAUAUGCCUGUGAGAGCUAGUUGUUUCCGUUCCCUGCACGAUAUACCUCAUGUCUUUCGAUCGGAUCCAUAUCAAGUUCCUGGCCUCAUUUAUGCCAUCGAGGGAGCUGUACGCCUGCAAACCGACGCUUUCUUGAGUCGUCUGGAACCAACAGUGACCAGCCUGAAAAGUGAUAGCUUCUCUCGCUUAGUUCCGGAAAUUCUGCAAUCGAUCGUUAUCCUCUUACCAACAUCCGACGUUCACUCUCUACGGCUUGCAUCUCCUGUCUUUGCAACCUUAGAACUGCCUGAAAGGUUCUGGGCAUCACGCUUCCAACCUGGCCACGAGUUCGAAUACUUGCCUGAAGUUCAUGACCGGUCUCCUCAAUCUUGGAGGGCUUUCUAUCAUUCCCUUAAGAUAUGGACACAGGGGAUCCCAAGUAUGGUCAACCGUCGGCGGGUAUGGGGGCUUGCUAAGCGUCUUCAAGCCACUCUUACCCAGAUGGACGGCGUUUCUUGCCAAGGAUCUCCUCUAAGCACAUGGCACGAGACUACGCCUGAUGGCCCAGAUAAUGCCACCUCCGAAGCUAAUUUUCCAUGGCAUACAGCUUCACGAGCUGUUGUCAGCCUAGGAGACAGCUUCUUCUACGGCUCUCGGGUCCUGAAGGCUCGUGUUCUGUACUUUCCAGAGCCCAUGAAACUUCAACAGAUGUCUGUAUCAUUUGUUGAUACAGCAGCUGGAAGAUUCAUCUCUGGGUUCACUCUGGUUGAUAGCCAUGAUCAAUCUUAUGCUGUGGGUUACCAACAUGAGGAUUUGAUGCUACGCAUUCUACUUGAUGAGCCGAUCCGUGGAUGGGAACUCGCCAUGGACUUAUCUGGGAUCACAGGGAUUGCUGCAGUUCAUAGCGAUGGAAAACUCAGCUCCUGGGCAGGAGAGUCAGCAGGAAUUCCAAGGUGGCGAUUAGAAGGAACCCAAGCAGUUUCUGCAGUCAAAGCUGAAUUCGAUGCAUUCAAACUUGUCUCUCUUAGUCGUGACAGAUCACCCAACCAGCAGAACUGGCUGAACAACUGUCUGUGGUAUCCUGAAGUACCUAAAGAAGGGCUGCUAUUCAACGGAAGCAUAGGCGGUGAGCCAAAGCCCGAAUACAAUCUCCCAGUUACCACCGUCCUUUUUGGCCAAUCAGAUGGGCGAUAUCUGUCGGAUCUGUCGGAUCUGUCGGAAAUUGUUGUAUGGAUCUUUGACAUUUGCCAUAUAGCGGGGAUUGAGUUUCACUUCACAGACAGUUCUUACGAUCGACAUCUUGGUUAUAUUGGCCCAUUCGACGAAAGCUAUCCCGUUAGGAGGAACUUCCCCGACUCUCACGAUAGCUCAGUUUCUUUCGCAAUUGAUGGUCCUUCUGGUGAGAGAUUGACAAGUAUUGACGUGCAGACGAGGGGAUCACAUGUUGUUGGGCUGAAGCUUCGAACCAAUCUCGACCGAAUCGUCCAAACGCCUGACUACCCUUACGGAACAGACAAAGGCUGGGUCACUGUUCACGCAAAGGGAUCCAAAAUUAUUGGCAUGUUCGCUACUCUUGCUCGGCCUUUCUGGGAUCUUGGUCUUAUAUCGAUACAAGAAUAA